AAGAAAAAGUUGGAUGAGAAUGAAAAAUUGCCUGGUAAAGAUGUGUAUGACAGGAAGAUCUACGACAUAGUCGUUGACGAUGACACCUCUUCUGAAGGCGGUCUUGACGAGCCAUACAUCCCACCGUUCUUGAAGCACGUUGUGGACAUUGUGAAGUCGUUUAGUGGAGGUGGCAACGUCCGAGUUCUCAGUCCCCGAUUUGCACCUCUUUUACCGGACAAGGCGGCAUAUCAUGGAGUAUUGUCACCAGCGCUAUUUCCCUUCUACAAGGAUGAUUCUGAGCAACAAAUCCUACCAGUACCAGAAGUGAGAAUGCUAGAAGACAGUGGUCUCAACGAGAAAGACCGUGAACGAAUUCUCGAAAUGGUGAUGGAAGUUUCCGGAGCUCGAGAGACCGUCGAGAACGCCAUGAAGGUCUUGAAGCAUCUUAAUUCAUUUGGUCUUGGGGACGAGCUGAUGAGCGUCACUGAAAAGAUAGGAGAGAGUUUUGAGCAACUGCGUGCUUCAUUCAACCACGAUCAGGUAAUGGAUCUGGAUCGACGAGGGUACACCUUUAUGGAAGUCGAUCAGAUGAAGAAACUUCAUCGCGAUCAAGGAUUGAAGGAACCUGAACUGGAAAAGCAAGUCGAACUCUAUGGUCGUACGCCGAAAUUCAAACGGGAUCAAACGCUUUGGUUAACCGUAGCCGAUUUAGCCGGCAGAAGUCACGUCAGUUUUACAGAUGUCUUCACGAUAGUCAGCUUCUUAAGGAUUAGAUGCACAAAAGAGAUUAUACAGUACCACCUGUACCUUUUCGGAGUCUACUGGGUCCAAUUCGAUUCAUUAGGAUUGGAAAAGAAGUAUUCUUUGGAUUGA